AUGAUUCGUGACAACCAAUGGCGAGACAGUCCCUCGCGAGGUUAUACUAUCUGGGUCUUGCGAUGUAGCCGAACUACAUGUGUCACAGCUGACCAGCCCACACCUGUGAGGCAGCUCAGUGUCACACCUGACCAGCCCACACCUGUGAAGCAGCUCAGUGUCACAGCUGACCAGCCCACACCUGUGAGGCAGCUCAGUGUCACAGCUGACCAGCCCACACCUGUGAGGCAGUUCAGUGUCACAGCUGACCAGCCCACACCUGUGAAUCAGCUCAGUGUCACAGCUGACCAGCCCACACCUGUGAGGCAGUUCAGUGUCACAGCUGACCAGCCCACACCUGUGAAGCAGCUCAGUGUCACAGCUGACCAGCCCACACCUGUGAGGCAGCUCAGUGUCACAGCUGACCAGCCCACACCUGUGAGGCAGUUCAGUGUCACAGCUGACCAGCCCACACCUGUGAGGCAGCUCAGUGUCACAGCUGACCAGCCCACACCUGUAAGGCAGCUCAGUGUCACAGCUGACCAGCCCACACCUGUGAGGCAGCUCAGUGUCACAGCUGACCAGCCCACACCUGUGAGGCAGCUCAGUGUCACAGCUGACCAGCCCACACCUGUGAGGCAGCUCAGUGUCACAGCUGACCAGCCCACACCUGUGAGGCAGCUCAGUGUCACAGCUGACCAGCCCACACCUGUGAGGCAGCUCAGUGUCACAGCUGACCAGCCCACACCUGUGAGGCAGUUCAGUGUCACAGCUGACCAGCCCACACCUGUGAGGCAGCUCAGUGUCACAGCUGACCAGCCCACACCUGUAAGGCAGCUCAGUGUCACAGCUGACCAGCCCACACCUGUGAGGCAGCUCAGUGUCACAGCUGACCAGCCCACACCUGUGAGGCAGCUCAGUGUCACAGCUGACCAGCCCACACCUGUGAGGCAGCUCCGUGUCACAGCUGACCAGCCCACACCUGUGAGGCAGCUCAGUGUCACAGCUGACCAGCCCACACCUGUGAAGCAGCUCAGUGUCACACCUGACCAGCCCACACCUGCGAGACAGCUCAGUGUCACAGCUGACCAGCCCACACCUGUGAAGCAGCUCAGUGUCACACCUGACCAGCCCACACCUGUGAAGCAGCCCAGUGUCACAGCUGACCAGCCCACACCUGUGAGGCAGCUCAGUGUCACACCUGACCAGCCCACACCUGUGAAGCAGCUCAGUGUCACAGCUGACCAGCCCACACCUGUGAGGCAGCUCAGUGUCACACCUGACCAGCCCACACCUGUGAGGCAGCUCAGUGUCACAGCUGACCAGCCCACACCUGUGAGGCAGCUCAGUGUCACAGCCCGCUGA